CUAAAUUUCAUCUGGCAACACUGCUUCCUUUUCAACUGUUUUGUCUUGCUUCGAUCUGGCAUAAGGAAACUCGAGGUGUGCAGCUACAGUGGAUACAAAAUCUACCCAGGUCAUGGGAAAAGAUAUAUACGUCUAGAUGGAAAGUCUUUCAAUUUCCUGGACAAGAAAUGUGAGAGAUCCUUCUUGAUGAGAAGAAAUCCACCAAAGAUUUCAUGGACUGUCCUUUACUGUAGAAAACACAAAAAGGGCUCAGUUGAAGAGGUUUCGAAAAAGCGAACAAGACGAAAUGUCAAAUUCCAACGAGCCAUCCAGUGUGCAACUCUUGAAACUAUUUUGGCCAAAUGCAAUCAGAAGCCUGAAGUAAGAAAAGCACAAAGAGAGCAGGCAAUAAGAGCUGCUAAAGAUAAAAUCAGGCAAAAGAAGGAGGCUGAAAAGAUGACAAAGGCCGCACAACAACCAGUGAAGACAAAAGCUCCAACAAAACAAAAAGGUGGAAGAAGUACUGGUCGUGUUGGUGGAAAACGUUGAAUGUAAAUUAUCACACAUUUCACUAUAAUAAAUGGUCAUGGUUUAA